AUGACGACUCUGAAAUAUGUCUGCGCUAACUGGGCCCCAGAGCGCGCUAAUUGCAAGGAAGAGGGCAGAUUCUCUUGCAAAAACUGUCGUCUCGUCGUUUACUGCGGUCCGACAUGCCAAAAGAUUCACUGGACUUACCACAAGUCGGAAUGUAGAUCGCCUUUGGGUAAAGAGACGUGGAAACCCGCCUGGGUCAAAGAGAACCGAACUCCCGCAUUUAUGGGAGGUGGUAUUGCACACCAUUUUGGAGCGCAGAAGUACCUCUGGGGUAACGUGCCUGCCUUUGAUAUUCUUCGACUUGAAUCAAACGAAGGGGAAGGCUAUUCUAAAGAUUUACAUCUGUUAUUUGCCGCUUCUGGGGACCUGAGAAACGUUAUCAAGACGGUCAUCGGACUCCCAAGCACUUACAAUCAUCACCUCCACAUUACGAUAAAUGACCGAGACUUCGACAUCGUGGCCCGCAAUUUUAUUCUACUCCUUAUUGCCUUGACUGUUGAGCAAGUCGAUGAGGCUGUUGACUGUAUUCUCCACCUCUGGUAUUCAGCCCUCGUGCGCGAGUCCCAUAUUGAAAUCCUUCAGCGUCAUAUUCGCCCCCUGUUUGAAGAAGUGUGCGGGAGAAUGAGGGAAACCCCAUAUGGUGGAUUCUUCGGAAAGAAAUGGCGAUUCAGACAAUGCUCGUUAACUGUCUUUCUCGAGAAAUCAUCAUGGGACCGUCUUUUAUCUUUUGUCGACAAGCCAGUGGGAUUGACAACCGAACACGCACACGAGAACUUUUUCCAGACCGCUGAUAUCUGGCCUAUGAAAGACAGUGCCGAUCCUCUCGAAGGAUGGUCCUCAGAGGAGGUUGCGGCCACAUCAAGUGGGGCUGCAAGUGCUGACAUAUAUGGCAAGCUUUUCUACUAUCUUCAAGGCCUACUCCGGUCUUUCCUUAAUCGACUACAGUCCUUGGAAAUUUCUUUCGACCUUUUCCAGCUCGAUGUGGCUCAACUUCCUGAUCAUAUGGAGAAUGAUACCUUCAGCAGAAUUGAUGUCUCGAAUAUCUCGGAUGCAGGCUGGUUGGGAAUACCUCACACGCUUGACUAUAUGGUGCCAUUGCUUCAGACUCCUCUCCAGAACCCUCAUGCGACUCUCAUAACUCUCUUCAUGAAUGCUGUUGACGAAGCUUUGACGGACCAAGACAAGAUACGCGACAUGACUCCGAACAGCACAUCAACAAAGAGGUUGCUAAAAUAUCUGCCUCCAAAAGGAAGGCCAACUUCCCGCUAUGACCCUGGGCUCAUCAGAUUUAAUCUUGCUCGGGACUAUGUCAUAACGUACGACCACAUAUUCGACCGGUACCUGAAAGCCUACAUGUUCACCGAGGCAGCCGAUGUUUUCGGCGCGAAGAUGAAGGAAAAGCAUACUAUCAUUGAAAAAUGGCCUUACAGAUUAAAGCUCCGUCCUGGUCAGCCAGGAGCUCAAGAUGAGUUUGACCGACGCCUUUGCACAGGGCUGUCAGGGAAAGAACGCUAUUUGGAGUGGAAAAGAGCCCAAUAG